AGAGAGAGAGAGGCGGUUCAUCCCCGCUAUGGUCUCGGCAGCAGCGGCUCAGGGAGUAGUACCAGACCACUGUGUUGUGCAGGAACAGGCACGACAUAGCUGAAAACUGCCAGCGGAACAAAUGAAAACGAACACUACGCUUUCGUGUGGAUUAAUUCAGGGGCGAGACACUCAAUCGAAGCGAGAAGCUCUUUAAGCGAAAUUGGAUCGACUGACGAGGACUGGGACAUUCGCUACUGUACGAUAACACCGCCGAAUGGUUUCUCUUGCCCCGCCGCUAAGGUUUCUGGCUAAGAGAAAAAGCCGAUAAUGCGCGGCACCUGCUCUGCAGCCACACCCACUUCCUGCCUGUAGAGGAAGCGGCUGUGCCAGCAUGUCCUCUCAUCCUCAGUCUGUGCCGCCGGGCCGGAGGACUGGACUGGACACACGGCACCUGCCAAACCCUGCUACUCUACCCCUGCAGCUGCAACGGGCACACACGGAAGUGGGACUGGUCGACUACCACUCACAUGCCCGGGACUACAGCUCCCACCUGGCCCAGCCCCAUCGCCGUCGGCCUUCCUUGCUUUCAGAGUUUCAGCCUGGGAAUGAGAGAGGACAAGAGCAGCAUAUCCGCUAUGAACACAUAUACCUGCCAGAGCCCAGCAGCCAGUCAGAGGUGGAGUAUGCGGAGAUCAAACGGCCUCGUUUAGAGAUGGGACCAGAGUCUCUGAUGAGGCCCUCAUCUCACCGGCCUCCGUUGCCUCUGGGAGGGGCUGAGGACAUAGCAAAGGAGCGUGGAAGUGGCAUGGGGAAGCUGGAACCCAUCUCCCCUGUGAGCCCAGUCCACAUGGACCCUGACUUGGAUCUUGUGCCAGCUCGCUUCUCCAAGGAGGAGCUGAUCCAGAACAUGGACCGCGUGGACAGGGAGAUCACCAUGGUGGAGCAGCAGAUCAGCAAGCUUCGCAAGAAACAGCAACAGCUGGAGGAGGAGGCUGCAAAGCCUCAUGAGCCUGAACGGCCCAUCUCACCACCACCCAGUGAGGCCAAGCACCGCAGCCUGGUGCAGAUCAUCUACGAUGAGAACAGGAAAAAGGCAGAAGAGGCUCACAGGAUACUGGAGGGACUGGGACCCAGGGUAGAACUGCCUCUGUACAAUCAGCCUUCUGAUACCAAGCAGUACCAUGAGAACAUCAAAAUAAACCAGGCGAUGAGGAAGAAGCUCAUCUUAUACUUUAAGAGGAGAAAUCAUGCUCGUAAGCAGUGGGAACAGAAAUUUUGCCAGCGCUAUGACCAGCUGAUGGAGGCUUGGGAGAAGAAGGUGGAGCGCAUUGAAAACAACCCGCGGCGCCGAGCCAAGGAGAGCAAAGUGCGGGAGUACUACGAGAAGCAGUUCCCAGAGAUCCGUAAGCAAAGAGAGCUGCAGGAGCGCAUGCAGAGCCGUGUUGGGCAGCGAGGAGGUGGGCUGACCUCGUCUGCAGCUCGCAGUGAACAUGAGGUCUCUGAGAUCAUUGAUGGAAUAUCAGAGCAUGAGAACACGGAGAAGCAGAUGCGACAGCUUGCGGUCAUCCCUCCUAUGCUGUUUGACGCUGAGCAGCAACGCAUCAAGUUCAUCAACAUGAAUGGAUUGAUGGAUGACCCCAUGAAGGUGUACAAGGACCGGCAGGUUAUGAACAUGUGGAGUGAGCAGGAAAAGGACACUUUCAGAGAGAAGUUCAUCCAGCACCCCAAAAACUUUGGUCUGAUUGCGUCUUUUCUGGAGAGAAAGACGGUGGCGGAGUGUGUGCUCUUUUACUACCUGACCAAAAAGAAUGAAAACUAUAAGAAUAUAGUGCGGAGGAACAUCAGACGCCGUGGGAGAAGCCAGCACGGCCAGCAACAGCAGCAGCAGCAGCAACAAGUGAACCGCAGCAGCCAGGAAGACAAGGAGAAGGAAGAGAAAGAGAAGGAGGGAGAGAGGGAUGAAGAAAAAAAUGAAGCCGAAGACAAGGAAGAUGGAAUGAAGGAUGACACCUCUGGAGAGGAUGCAGAGGACAAAGAGCCCACUGUGGCUUUCAAGGGUCGACGCACAGCCAACAGCCAGGGGCGCCGCAAGGGCCGCAUCACCCGCUCUAUGACCAGUGAAGUGGAGGAGACCACCACACCGCCCCUGAACAAUGAGCUCGCCAAUCUGGAGAUGAAUGAGAGCUCUCGCUGGACUGAAGAAGAGAUGGAAACAGCCAAAAAAGGCCUUCUCCAGUAUGGUAGGAAUUGGUCCGCCAUCGCCAAGAUGGUGGGAUCAAAAACCGUGUCACAGUGCAAGAACUUCUACUUCAACUACAAGAAGAGGCAGAAACUGGAUGAGAUUCUGCAGCAGCAUAAAAUGAAAUCGGAGAAGGAACGAAAGGCCCGUCGUAGGGGCAAAGCCCUGCAGAAUGAGGAGGCCAGUGCCCCGUAUCCAGCAGAGGAGGAGGAGAUGGAGGGUUCUGGAGCUAGUGGCAAUGAAGAGGAGGUCCCUGAAGAUGGAGAGGGUGGAGCCAACAACAGCUCUGACACCGAAAGCCUGCCCUCGCCACACUCAUCUGAGGACAGCAAGGUUAAGGAGGAGGGCUCGAGCCGGUCGAAGGCCGGGGACAAGGAGGCGGCCGGGUCUGAUAUGGGCCAGGCAGGGGAUGAGAAACCUCCAGUCAAAGAAGAUGCAGACUCAGCCAUCAAGCAGGAGAUAAAGACAGAGACAGGGGAGCCCCACAAAGAGCAGCCUGCACCACCCAGCGAUACCACAGAUAAAAAACCUCCUACAGCGGAGACCGAGGAAGUCAAAAGCUCCACCAAGAGCUCUAAGAAGGACCAUGGAGCCAAAACAGGCUCCCAUAGGGACAGUGACUCUAGUGCCACUUGCAGCGCUGAUGAAGUGGAGGAGACAGACAACACAGACAAGAACAGAAUGACUUCUCCACGGCCAAGUUUACUGAACUACGCUCAUGAUGGCGUCAUAUCUUCUCCGCUGCAGAAGCCCAUGGACCUGAAACAGCUCAAACAGAGGGCUGCUGCAAUACCACCUAUUAUGCCAGAGGCCUCCAUGGAGGGCAGUCAGCGGAGUGGGAGUGGCAAGGCAGUGCUGCCCCCCCACGCCCUGGCACUGUACCAGCAACAGAUCACCAUGGCUCACGGGGAGUCCUCCCAGGAGGUCAAACAGCAUAAACAGCAGCAGCAGCAGCAGCUUUCAGGCCAGCCAGGCAAACAGCAGCCUUACACCCCACAGGCAGACAGAGACAGGGAGGCUCUUCGUAGCAGUAGCCCACGUGUUCGCCCGCGCAGCCCCUCUGCCGGUGACAAGGAUGAGCUGGAAGGCAACGAGAGGUGGUUACUGACCCUCCUGCAGGGAUUAAAAAAGUCCCGGGCUUUCUCUCCACAUGGCGAAGCCAAGAAGCAGGCGCUGGGCCCUGAUGACCUAAGGACCUCUAACUUGGGUCGCCCAGUACUCUCCCCGUACCCCAUGUCCCCGCGAGACAUGGCCAAGAUCACUCACGACCAGCACUUGCUCCACUUCAACUCGUUCCAGCAAGCAGGCCACCCUUCACUCCCUAGUCUGCCUCAGGACAGUGGUAGGCUAGCAGCAGUCAGACCCCUCAUGCCAGAGCCACCACCUCUCAUUUCCUCCACCAAGCCAGGGGGCUCUAUCACACAGGGCACCCCAGUGCAGUUGCACAGCCCAGCUCAUGGGUUGGAGCAUGGGAAGAUGCCAGCCACACAAAUGGGGUUGCCUUGGAUGGAUCACAGGAAGGGAGGUCCUUUUCCCGUGGUAAAGCAGGAACAGCUGUCCCCUCGCAGCUCGUCCUCCCAAGCUGACAACCUGUCAACACAGGGGACGCCCCAUGAUAAUGUUGCUGGACGUGCUUCUAUUCCAGCUGUUCAGGGGGGCAGUAUCACUAAGGGCAUCCCAGGGACCAGAAUGCAUCCAGAUUCCCCAGUCUCCUACCGAGGGGGCUCCAUUACUCAGGGGACACCGGCUGAUGUGCUGUAUAAGGGAACCAUAACCCGCCUGAUCACAGAGGACAGUACCAGCCGAGCUGAGAGGGAGCGGGAUGAGGCACUGUCUAAAGGCCAUGUGGUCUAUGAGGGCAUCAGUGGGCACAUUCUCACAUAUGACCGCGCUGCUUCUCAGACCCCUAAAGAUGAGGGCAGAGGCCCUGGACAGCCAGGGGAAAUUCUAGGCCUGAAGCGUCCAUAUGAUGCUAUGGAGGGAGGCAUCUCUAGAGGAUUACCUAUGAGGGAAUCACUAUCUGCUGCCAACUGUGAAGGUCUGAUUGGUCGAGCCAUGCCUCAUGACAGGGACAGUCCGCACCACACACCUUACAAGGACGCUCAUCACAUCCGUGGUUCCAUCUCACAAGGUAUACCUCGUCAUCUGGACCCUCAGGAUGGAUACCUCAGGAGGGAGGCUAAGCAGAUGAAGAGAGAGGGCUCUCCACCCCGUGGACCCAGUUCCCUCUCUGACCCAAUGAAGGGCAGAGAGUCCCUGGUUCCCACUGUGAAGGAGGCUGGGCGCUCCAUCCACCUCAUUCCUAGGGAGGAGCUCAGACAGCCUGCCAAGGAAGGCAUCAUAGCACAGGGAACACCCAUGAAGCAGGAGGCCUCUGUUUCAGGGAAACGUCAUGAUGUCCGCUCCAUCAUAGCCAGUUCACCACGUUCCUACCACAAUACACCCUCCCACCUGGAGAUGCGUUCUGAGAGGGGCCGCUAUGAAGAGGCACCAAAAGGGCGUCCCAGUGCAGUGGUCAGUACAGCUAGCCCUAUAGCCCGCUCCUCUCCCCUUACGCUGGGAUCAGAUCAGGGAGGCAAGGCUCAUCAUAGUCCAGUGGGCUACGAUGACAAAGGCACCUUAAGGACCCCUUACCCUGGACCCUCCCAUCAUGGCUCCCCUCUAUCCAGAGAGUCAGGUCAAAGGCAGCAUGAUGGUUCCAGUAAGAAUCCGCCUCAGGAACGUAAAGCUACACCAACCCCCAGGGAAAUGAGUGCCACCAAAUCACCGCUACCUGGUGUUCCCGAUCAGCAGGCUUAUGAGCGUCUGCUGCAGGGUCUCGGAGCUGCAGACGUGUACCGUCAAAUCCCUUUAGCCUUCGAUCCUGCGGCGCUGCCCCGUGGUAUCCCUAUUGACCCAGCAUACUACUUGCCUCGCCAUCUGGCCCCCAACCCAGCAUACCCUCAUCCCUACCCCUACCUCAUCCGUGGCUUUCCUGACACCGCAGCCCUGGAGAACCGCCAGACGCUGCUCAAUGACUACAUCACCUCCCAGCAGAUGCACCAGUGGCCUGCAGCCGCCGCCAUGGCCGCCCAGCGCUCAGACCUGUUGAGGGGCCUGGCCCCUCGAGAUCAGCCCCUUCCUCUGCCCUACUCUGCAUCCCCACGCGGGAUCAUCGAUCUUUCUCAGGUGCCACACUUACCUGUCCUGGUCCCUCCCUCUGCAGGGACAACUGGCUCCCCAAUGGAUCGCAUCACCUACAUCCCAGGGGGAAGUACCACCUUCCCUGGCAGGCCUUACACCACCUCCCCCAUCUCACCAGUCGGCUCCUCGCACAUAAACAAGAUGCAAGGCACAUCCUCAUCUUCAGAGCGUGAGCGAGACCGUGAACGUGAACGUGACAGAGAGAGAGAGAGGGACCGGGAGAGAGACAGAGAGCGGGAGAGAGAGAGGGAGCGUGAGCGGGACAGGGAGAGAGAUCGGGAAAGAGAACGGGAGAGAGACCGGGAAAGAGAAAGGGACCGGGACAGAGAGAGAGACCGAGACCGUGACAGAGACCGAGAGCGUGACAGAGAGAAGGGCGGAUCUCUUGGAAAUGUGGAGCACGCCCCCAUCUGGCGACCAGGUACAGAGCACAGCUUGGCAAGCAGUAGCAGCAGCAGACCUGCAUCCCAGCCAUACAGCCACCAGCACUCCCCAGUGUCACCGCGCACCCAGGAGAAUGUGCAGCAGAGGCCAAGCGUCCUGCACAACACUGGAGGCAAAAGUUUGUCUGUCAGCGAACACUCCAGCCCAUCAGUGUUACGGUCUAUGCCCUCAGGGCCAACCCGCUACCAAGGUUACCCUGGCCACCUCCAAAGGACAGGUGUGCCCCCUGAGGCCUACCCAUCUGUCAUGGACUCAAGUGUAGCCAAAGAGCAGAGUCGCGAUGGAGGCAAAAUCAGGGGAGGUCUACCCAAGCAUGUGCAGGACCAGCACGGAUCCUCCAGUAAAUCAGACCCCAAGCUGUCCAACCCCAGCCCAGGAGGAAUUUACCCGGGUUCCUAUGCCUCGGCAUCAAGCCGGCCCCAACAUCUGCUGCCUCUCCAGUCGGAUAACCCUCCUGGCCGUGGAGAAAGCGGUACACCUAGUAGGGAAAAGACUCAAAACAAACCGAUGUCCAUUCAGGAACAAGAGCUCCGCGCACUCGGUAAGACCACCAUGACUGCGGCCAACUUCAUAAACGCGAUUAUUAUGCGUCAAAUUUCUUGUGAAACGGGGAUGCCAGAGACGGGCUCGCUUGUUGCCAGCAGCGCCACUGAUGCUCAACAGAAGAUGGAGCCUCACGGUCUGUACCGUCCUCCGUCUGAGGAGAGACUGUCUCCAGGCCAACAGCCCCCGUCCCCCUGUGUUAAAGGCAGCCAGAGGGUGGUCACCCUGGCACAGCACAUCAGUGAGGUGAUAACUAAAGACUACACCAGGCAGAGCCAGCAGCAGCAAAGCUACCACGGCUCUCCUGUCCUGGACUUGACCCGUCCACCCAGUGCCUCCCAGCCCCCACCCACCUCACAGGAGUCAGCCCAAGGGCCCCGCUAUCUGGAGGGCCUUGGUGGAGAACGCAGCAGAGACCGGUCUUCUCCUCAGCCUAAGACAUCACCUGUCAGUGUUUCAAAUGAUGGCAUUGAACCAGUGUCUCCUGCUGGAGCCAGCUCUGAGCCUGAAGUCCAGGGAGGGGCCUCCUACCCCAACGAGCAGGGAGAGCAAGGAAUGGGCUCUCGUUCCCCUCCCAACGCCUCCCAGCCUCCAGCUUUCUUCAGCAAGCUGACGGAGAACACCUCAGCAAUUGUGAAGUCAAAGAAACAGGAGAUGAUCAAGAAGAUGACUGUGGUGGGAAACGACAGUGAUUUUAAUGCUGGUCAGCCAGGAACAGAGAUCUUCAAUAUGCCGGCAUCUACAACUGCAGGACCUGUGAGUGUCCGCAGCCACCCAGCUCCAGAGGCCCCUGGUAACUCAAUAGGCCUGGAGGCCAUAAUAAGAAAGGCCUUAAUGGGCAAAUACGAUGAUCAGUCUGAGGAGCGCUCUCCAUCCAAUGCAACUAACCCAUUGGGUUCUGGUAUGCCUGUGGCUGAUGGACGUGCUGAGGACUGUUUCUCACAAGGUGGGGGAAAGUCCUCAAAGGGCAGCGGGCGCUCUAAUGGACGCAAAGCCAAGUCCCCAGGACCAGGUCUGUCAGGCGGGGAGAGACCGUCCUCUGUGUCCUCAGUCCACUCUGAGGGAGACUGCAACAGGCGAACUCCCCUCACCAGUCGUGUGUGGGAGGACCGGCCUUCAUCCACAGGUUCAGCUCCAACUCCUUUCCCGUGCAACCCAUUGAUAAUGCGUUUCCCCAGCGGGACAGUAUCCGCUCCCUCCCCCUCCUCCGGCCAGCCGGGGGGCCAGGGCCCAGGGUCAGGACCUGGACAGGGCCGCUCCUGGGAGGAGGAGCCCAAACCCCUGCUCAUGUCUCAGUACGAAACCCUGUCUGACAGCGAGUGACGACCUCCCACCGGGAACGCCGCCGUACAACAGGACAAACCCUUCUAACAAGUUAACCACCUCUGUGCUGCUGCAGCCACACACACACAUACACACACAAACACACACACACACACACACACACACACACACACACACACAUACACCCACCUGCUGAGGCAUCUGCUAUCCUACCCACACCAUUCCACUCUGCAUUUCCUCCAUCAGUCCUCAAGCAAGGAUCGUGUCAUCUUUUCACACACCUGAGACACCAAGCACCGACGAGCUGGAACACUGCUGCUCAGUGAGUGUGCGUGUGUGUAUGUUUGCGCUUAGGUGUUAUGCAUUCACUCCAGGACUACUCUAAAGGACAAAUCACUUUUUUUUUUAACUUUACUACUUUUCCUCACUGGCCUUAUCAAUAUAGACACAUUGACCUGCACCUUUUGGGUGUACCGCUCUAAUGUGCUGACACUUGUGUGGAAGGGACUAAAAGGUCGUGUUGUUGGUCUGGUCAGGAGCCUCAUAACGGCUGGUUCUAGAGACAGAUUUUGACCGCAGAUCUGACCUGAGAGCAGCAGCCCCACACAGCGAGGACCCUCUCACGUUUCUUCACGGUAAACUCCAGGUGCAGGCGGCCUGUGCACUGCUACCACUACAAGAAUACGUGCGAGAGGACGGGAGGAGAAUCGACAUCCUGUUUUUUUUUUUGUUGUUGUUGUUUUUUGUUUUUUUCCUUGUUUUGGGUAUUUUCUUUUUUUCUCCUUUUAAAUUCAGUCCAGUCCUGUGUUUGGAACGUGAGCUGAGACCUUUAGUACAUUUUGAUGGUGAACUUUUGAUGGUGUCAUUUGUUGUCUCUUAUCAAUGAUGUAUCUUUUGGGGAAGGGGGUGGGAGGGGAGGGGGGUAGUCAGAGGUUGUUAUGUGGGAGGGUCAUAUCAUUGGUUUACAGGGUUAACAUGCUGUUCAUUGCUGAUGUCAUCAUAUAUUUGGGAGGGUCCUGGAGAACAGCGAAAGGCCUGCUGACUUCAGGCAUCCACGUGGGGAGAGAUGAUUUGCCAGAUGGAUGGCGCUGAGACAAGUGACACUUUCUCACUGUUUUUAUAUUAACCAUGUCUGUGUUUGUUGAAACCGUUUUUUGGAUAUUAAGCACUUAGUUGUCAGUCUGUUCACAAUGGCAUUUUUAAGAAUCUGUGUUUCCUGGGGCUGGUGAAAAAAAAAUGGACUCAAGAACAGCAUAGAAAUCCUGCUGUGGAGGCAUCCUUUAACCACCUACCUGUUUAUUUUUGGUCUUGCCACCGAUAUUCUUUAGCGCUCCCACACUCAAAGCGACAAUCACAUUUUAGUGAAUGAUGAACAAGCCGCUUCGAGCAGGUGCAGACCGACCUUAAAGCUGCUUAAAGGCAAACUCUUUCAGCAUCAGUUGGAGUUUGCUCGCAUUAAAGAGGUGACAAAAAAAGCCAUCUUUCUAUGACCACCCCCCCACCCCCCUUGGUCCAUGGCAGCGACAGCUUCAGCUAGCCUGCUAGAAUCCCGUCUAGGAGCUGUUGUGACGGUCUGACCUCUGACCUUUUACUGCCUAGUGGUGGACCCAAGAGUCAACUCCUCAUCCAGGCAGUUUGUACAGUUAUGAGAUAUUCCUAGUGUUAAGUGCCAUUUAUUUUACAUAUACAGUACUGAAGUUACCAAGUUACGCACAAUUUUUCUUUUAGGCCCCCCCAAUGCCAGGGUUAUUACUGUCCAUGCAGGUAAAUCUGAAAACAAAGCAAAUGAAACGUCCUUUUUUUAAUUUUUGGUUUUUUGUGUGCUUCAUUUUUUUUUCUUCCAAAUCCAUCACAGCCUUAGCUUUUAACUGUUUCACUCAUUGGAUUUAUCAUCUAAACAUGACAAUGCUGUCUCACAGGAAGGCUUACCCAGGCCUGCAUCAGGUGUUUUCUCCACUAUGAGACCUAUGACAUACUUCAAGUGUACUUCAUUGCACCUCCUGUGUUUGUACGGGUUAGAGGACGUCGAGGGGAAAGGCAUUCGAAAGCAUUCUGGUAUUUUUUUGCAACAUUAGUUGACAUGUUUUCACAUUUUACUUGCAGUAUUUUUUUAAAGAUCACCCUCUCUGUAAAUGAUGCAAAAUGUUUCCGGCUUGUGACUUUUGUGCAACCAGGGACUGUUCCUGUCCCCCCUGACUGAACACUCUGAAGCGACGGCAGAGAGCCCAUUUAGUAGUUUAGAGAAUCUCACCUCUAUCUUUAGUUCUUUUUGUCACAAUGGAUUGUCACAACACAAACAUGAUGACUGUUAUAGGACUACCUCCUCUCCCUCCUUCAUCCUACUUAUCUGCAGAAAGCUCAUCUCAGCCAUGUUUUAGCUCUGAUUUAUUUUUUUCUAUCCAGGCUGAUGGAGGGUUUGUAAUUUCAUCAGGCAAAGCAAAAAUACAGCCAGGCUUUGUACUUUGGUCUCUGUGUGUUUAUCAUUUAUCCACUGAUGAAAUUUAAGAAUGUGACAGUAAACAGACUAAGCCAUAUCCAGCUGUUCCCUAAACCGAUGACAGACUUACAGGUUGUUUUUAAAAGUAUAUACUUAAAUCAGUUUUAACAUGGCAUCCAUUUUUGUUUUUGUCAAUACUGUUUCUGUGUUCAUAUACACCUGUUUCAUUAUGAAUCAAAUAAUCAUCCAAACCUAAAAUGAUAAAGUUGAUUGCUGAUGUGUUCCCUGGACUGUCCAAGGGUGGGUGGGGAGAUUGACAUAAACAUUGUUCAACAAUUUUUGUGCAUAAUGAUUUUUUUUUUUAUUAUUAUAACCCACUGUAUAAUAGCAAGGAUUGUAUAUAAAACUGAAGAGAUGUAAAUAUUUAUGUGGCUUGCUUCAAGGUUGGUAUUACAAAAAAAAUAUUCACAUGGUUAAAUUCUACAUGCCCACCAGCAAGCUUUGUGGAUAGCAGUGUAAAAAUGAAAAACAAAAAAGACACUGCCUUAAUGUUUAAAUAAAAAGCUUAUUGCCAUU